AUGAUGUACAUGUUUUUAUCACCGAUGAUGUGGGCCGUCCUCGUUGGAACAGUGUUGUUUCCGUUCAAGAAGACCGUUACCGGCAUCGUCCAAGGUUGGCUUGACGAACUUCAACAAACAAACAGAACAUUGGCGAUACUCACAUACGAACGUACAUUUGUGUGCAUCAUUGCGUUCGUUGGGCGUAUUUAUAGUCUCACUGAUGAUUUCAUUGUAUUCUAUUCGGCUUCGUGGGUAUUUCCUUUGAUGUUAAUUUACUUCUGCGCAUACGCUUCUUGGAUUUACGUUCAAGGGGGAACAACCGUCAAUAAAAAGGUGGCGAGAGCGUUUUCCGUCCCUGUUUGGGUAUACGCGCUUUCAUAUAUCUCUUCUUAUUUCGGCGUUUUCAAAGCUGCUGUCUUUGGAGCGUCGGCAGCAGUUCUGAUUCUUCUGUCAGCUGCACUUGGCAGUGACUCACUCAUUCUGAUUAUUGCCGGCUUGUGUGCGUUAUCCUGGCUGGUACGUCACGACUGGGCGCUUAUCCUCAUCUUCAUCCCUUUUAUGUUUGCCGCUUUUGGAAGAAUAGGAGCCAAUGUUGGUUUGUGUUCGAGUAUAAAAGCUGUAUUCCUGUCGAUUGGGGAUCGCUUGUAUCCUCAUGUAAAGAAAAUCGUCGAUAUCAUGGUUUCUGGAUCCCUUCGUCAAUUUAUUAAGAUGCUGUUUACGUCGGAUCAAAUGAUGGUGUCGUCCCUUCAUUCAAAAAUGGAUGUCCUUUCUUCUGUAAUGGUAAUGGGUCUUAUAGCGUUUUCUGCAAUUUUUGCGUUAUUAUUCGUCGGCUUUCAACUCCACAGUGAAAUGGUUCAUAUUAUUCGGCUUUCUACGAAUGUUGUUAGCUCACGCCCAGACUGGCUUAGAACUGCGAUGACUUUUACAGAAGAUCAACUGGAAGACCAUGAUAUCAAUAUUGAUCAAUAUAUAGAACAGGCUUAUCAACAAAGUCGUGCGUGGCUGGCAUCAAAUGUGCGCUCGUUGGCAGGUCCAGAAGACAGUGCUAGGGCUGAUAUGCUCGAGACGCAAGUGAUGAAGGUUGUUGAUAAUCUGUAUAAAAUGUGGGAAGAGAGGAAUAAUGCACCACAAGAAACAGAUCCAAAUGAGCCACGUGGAGAUUGGAAAACGCAGUUGUUGUCUAUCACCAACUUGAGUGCCUUGAAAGAGGAAGUCGUCUUGAUUAUUAAAGAAAACCUUGAUACUUUAAUGGGUGUAGCACAUUCUGUAUGGGCAGUUGUGUCUGUCAACCUUUUCGUCAUUUUUUCGCUGAUGGGCGCGCUUGCGGGCUUAAUUUUUGAUUUUGGGAUGGACAUUAUUAAUCUGAUCAUUGAAAUAAUCGUAUUUCUGACGAUGGUAUACUACCUUCUAUCGGCUUCACGUGAUAGGUGGCUACCCAUUGAGUGGAUAAGUAAUCUAGCCAAUAUGGCUUCUGUUACUUCAAACGCAGUAAAGUCUAGCAUAUCGGUCACAGAGUACGACUUAACGAAUACCAUUGAGCAAGCAAUUUCUGGUGUCUUUGUGCUCUCCUCGAAAAUGGCUGUUUUCUAUGGUCUGUACACAUAUUUCGUGCACAGUCUUUUCGAUCUGAAUGUGGUUUUUGUCCCCUGUACGCUUGCGGCCAUAUUUGCUGCGAUUCCUAUCAUGCCACCCUACAUUGUCAGUAUAUUGGGGAUUUUCGAAUUGUGGCUAGUGCGAGGCGAACUUUCAGUGGCAAUUGUGUUCACCCUAAUAUCAUUCGCCCCACACAUGUUUGCCGACGUAACUUUUUACAGAGAAGUCAAAUUUUCUCAUCCUUAUGUUACUGGUUUGGCAAUUAUCGGAGGCAUAUAUUGGCUCGGACUCCAAGUACGUCAUACUUAUUCUUUUAAAAACUUGUUUAAUUAA